CGAGAGCGUGGGCGGAUUUUCUGCUACGGGUCCCGGGGGAAUUAAAAGUACAUUUUUCUUGUUAUCGUUAAGUACUAAGUUACUAUGUCUUACCUGAUAACUGCUAUCGAACUUAGUCGUACCAUGUAAUUUAAUGGUUUAAAAAAUUAAAUCUGGUAGUGUAACUAUAAAACACGUUAACUGCCAGUGUAGUAAAGAGGGCUAAGGUAGUGAAGCAUUUCUGAUUCUUUAAUUUAUACAUAAGACGAAUUUUAGUUUAGGAUACGAGGAUGCCCUUCAAAAAGCUGUAUUAGAGGUGUUAAAGGAAGAGUAGCAGGAAAAAAAUGGUGCCUUAUUAUUUCCUUGCGUCAUAAAAAAAAAAAGACUUGGAAAAAGUACUCCGUGCUUCACGAUAAACUGAUACCGGGGGCGGGACUAACUGGCAAGGUGGGUGGUACUGUUUGAUAACCUGGAAUCCGUCAAAAUAAAAUGUCCUGGGACAUCACUACAGGCUGACUUGUUUCGUUUUUACCACUAAGUGAAGGAUGAUCCUUUAAUCAUGGGUCAAGCUCUCUGCAUCUGUUCUCGGGGAACGGUUACUAUUGAGAACAAGAAAUAUUUCUUCAUACAGAAAUUAGGAGAGGGGGGAUUCAGCUUUGUGGAUCUUAUAGAGGGACAUCAUGAUGGGAAGUUCUAUGCUCUAAAGCGAAUCCUCUGCCAUGAUGAGGAGUGUAGAAAAAAAGUUCUUCAUGAAGUAGAAAUGCAUCGCUUGUUCAAUCAUCCGAACAUCCUACAGCUCACGGCACAUUGUUUCAUAAAGAAGGGGCAGAAAUGUGAGGCUUUGCUGCUGCUCCCUUAUAUUUCGAGUGGCACCUUGUGGUCUGUGCUAGAAAAACUAAGAGACGAGAACAGUUACAUGCCAGAGGAGAGAAUUCUUCACAUACUUGAAGGAAUCUGCGUGGCGUUGAAAGUCAUCCAUGACAGGGAUUAUGCACAUAGAGACAUUAAGCCAACCAAUGUAUUGCUAGAUGAAGAUGACAGACCAGUUCUAAUGGACCUUGGAUCCAUGAACAAGGCUCGUAUUGAAAUCAAGGGAUCCCGUGAAGCUAUGAUUAUUCAGGACUGGGCGGCUGAACACUGUACAGUUUCUUAUCGUGCCCCUGAGCUGUUUGCUGUUAAAAGUCAUUGCAUCAUUGAUGAGCGCACAGAUAUAUGGUCUCUAGGAUGUGUACUGUACUCGAUGAUGUUUUUGGAAGGACCUUAUGACAUGAUUUUCCAAAAGGGAGACAGUGUGGCUCUGGCUGUACAGAAUGCUGUCACAAUUCCGGCUGACUCUAGGUACUCUCUAAGUCUUCAGCAUCUUCUUUCUUCUUUAAUGGCUGUGAAUCCACAAGAGAGGCCCAGCAUAGCAUGGAUACUGAAUCAAGUAAAACAGCUUCAUCCAGUCAUCAUUACCCAGAAUUCAUGCAGGACAUGAUAUUUUUACAUCAAAAACAUUGAUCAUCUGGCUUCAGAAACUAAGAAUGUCCAUAUACGUUGUAGCAUGGCAUGACAAUUUCAUUAUUUUGAGUUGUACACCUUGUGCUGAACUGUGAUACCUAAGGUGUCUUUUUUAAGUAUUAUCAUAGGAACCUGGCAUAGCAUAUAGCAGCUGGCCCUAAAAUUUAAUUGAAACACACUUUCCAGAGGCACAUUUAUAAAAUACUCUACAUUUAGACAAUGAUGUUUCAUUGCAUUGUCAUUGAUGUUUUUUAGAAAGCAAAAAGUCUUAUUUAGUAACAAGACCAAUAAAAAUGUACCUCAGCUAGUCUGCUGUUCUAAACACUUGGGUACAAGUUUUGCUUAAGUGAGCUAGGAAUGUCAAAUUAAAUCUAAAAAAAGUAGAUAUACUGCUCUGUUGUAAUGGAGAGAGAGAGAGAAAGCCCAGACUACAGCACAGCUAACCUGGGUUUGACUAAUAGCCAAGGUGUCUAGCUGGUAUGGGAGGAUGGGUAUGCCUGUUACUAGGGUGUGCCACAGUUGGUUCCCUUACAGGACUGGAAACCGUCCCUGCAUCAGCAGCCGUUCCACCUAUUGGGAGUGGCAUUGGUGGUAGCAUAUUGUGUCACUCCCUUCAGCAGGCAGUUAUGGAAGUCACAGCUGCAGUAUGGAUGGGUGUUGGUUUCCUUAGGUGCAUAAUCUCAAACUGGCACCGCAUCCAUUACACAAAACAUUCAUCUCUAAGGGUAAUACAUGGGUUGACUGGCCUGCCACCAUUGUCAAGAAAUGAAUGGGCCCAUAGGGCUGUCAUCCUGUCCAAUAAAUAAAUGAUUAAGCUUGGUUCCUGCCCCUUGGAGGAAUAAGUGGACUAUUUGGAGGAGCAAUUUACAUGGGGGGAGUAGAAUUACUUGGGUUUGGGUCACAGAUUCAGUGUUAUCAAACUUUUUCUAUAGAGCUGAACUCUGUUCUGUAUUUGUAGAUUCAUUCAGCUAUAAUCUCUUGGAUGGGUGUGAGGUUUAUUAUGGUGUUUUUGACCGUUCUACACUGAAGGACUAGAUGUCAUCACUGAUGAUUUGAAGUAAAAAAAAGUUAUAUCUGAAAUGGUCUUAUUUUGAAGCUCAAGUCUGAAAAGUUAACUUGCAGCGUAGAACAGAAUUUGAAGGUGUAUUUUAAAAUACUUAAAUUUCUUCUUCUUUUUUGCACCAUAUCAUUUUCCUUUUCAGACAUUUGAGCUUCAUUUAUGUACUGUUAUUUUCAUCACAACCAACAUAAAUCAGUUUAUUGUGUGGUCUGCUAUGCAGAAAAGAGUGCAACAAAGCUGAGCUGUUUUGGCAGUUGUAACUAACAAGAAUUUUUAUUAAAUAGCUAAUUGAG